CCGGCCGAGUGGCGGCUGCGGUGCUGUCCGGCCCCGACCCGCGCAUCGGACCCGGCCUGGCAGCCGGCCCAGCAUGCCGGUGCGGCCCGCCCCGCCUGGCCCGCCCGCCCGCGCUCAUCUAUGCGGCUGGCCCGUAGCUCCGGCGCUGCCUCCUCCGCGCCGCUGUGCUCCGGCUGGGACGUGACCGCAGCUCGUUGCUCGCCCGACCGCUCGACCCCGGUGCUGCGCGCAAUGGAGGCUCCAUAUGAUGGUGCUGAAGUAACUGUGGUGAUGGAGGAAAUAGAGGGCACUUACACUUAUGCCUCACCAGUGCCAUCUAAGAAGAAAAAGAAGUACAAAAGUGCUGGUGAUCAUGGAGAAAAAGCUAAAAAGCCCAGGUCUGCUUACCUCCUCUACUAUUACGAUAUUUACUUGAAAGUACAGCAAGAGCUCCCCCACCUCCCUCAGUCUGAGAUCAACAAAAAGAUCAGUGAGAGCUGGAGGUUGCUCAGCGUGGCUGAAAAAAGCUAUUACCUGGAGAAAGCCAAGCUAGAGAAAGAGGGACUGGACCCGCAGAGCUCCAAGCUGUCCCCUCGAGCUGCAAUAGUUCCAGACAUUCCAGGCUUCCGCAAGAUUCUUCCUCGCUCCGAUUAUAUAAUUAUUCCCAAAACCACUUUUCAGGAGGACAGGAGCAGGCAGUCACUGGAACUAUGCAUGACACAGGGCCAGGCAGCAUCUGAAGGGUUAACAGCUUCCACCAAUGUCACCAGUGUCUCUCGUGAUGCUGUGCACAACAUCCUUUCUGUGGACUCGAGCCACGUUGGCAUUCCCGAGCAGUGCAUCGCCAUCGAAGGGCUGGCAGAAGAGACAGCUUCCUUUGGCCAGCCAGAUGCUGUGGAAGAAGUGGUUGCAUCAGAGGUCCUCUCUCACUAUGUUGGGCCUGUGACAGAGAAAGUAGCUAGAGACAUCCUCGUGGAUGAGGCUUCUUUGAAAAUAGAAGGGCAACCCUAUCAGGCAGCUCAGGUGGUUAUUGAAGAGACUCUGGUUAGCAGCUCCACAGACAUCUCCAAUGGGAACAUCGCUGUGGCCCGUCCUCAGGUUUCAGAUGGUGUGUCUGUGGUGACCGUGGUGACUGGGAGGGAUACUGAAGAGAGUAGCUCCUCCACACCUGCUGCACAAUUCAUUAUGUUGCCUUUGCCAGCUCAUUCUGUUGUGGAGAACCCAGCAUCAAUUAAAUUGACAACCACCUACACUCGCAGGGGACAUGGCAACUGCACCAAUCCUGGGUGUUCCUUCACUUAUGUCACCAGGCAUAAGCCACCAAAAUGCCCAGCAUGUGGGAACUUCCUAGGAGGGAAAUGGAUCCCAAAGGAGAAGCAACCAAAAAGCAAAUCUGAGCCAAGUUCAGGCACCUCUCUUAAAACUCCACCAGCCAAAAGAAGUCAGCAGUCAGCAUUCUCAGAACCAGCAGCUGGUAGUGAGGAUAGCUCCAAGUCUGCCUUGGAGAGCUCGGAAGCUGUCAGCCAGCUGCUGACUGCUGUGCCUGCUGGAGGACAAGCACAGGACGCAGAGUGGGAGGAAGUGAUCAUCUCUGAGGCUCACAUUCUUGCAAACAACAUGCUUGGUGAAGAUAAAGGGAGUGCUGCUGGAGUGACACUGGGCCAAGAGAGCCAACAGCAAGGAGAGUCCUUCUCGGAGCAGGCAGAAAGAGACAGCGCGGGGCUGGGGGUGCCGCCAGCUUUGGAGGUGCCUGGUCCAAAUGCCUCUGCAAAGAAACCAGUGGGGAUGGAUGCUGCAGCUACUAUACACAAAGGACAAGAAGUAAAGAGCAAACCAAGACCCAAGCCCUCAUUGCUGGCUGCAGCAAGACCCAUGCGAGCCAUUCUGCCUGCUCCAGCCAGCGUGGGGAGAGAAGCCAGCACUGAGCAGCCUGGCAGCAGACAGGCCUUCACAAACACUGACAAACACUCCCCUGUGAGAACAUCAGGCUUGAAGCCCAGCACACUGAAGCAGUUGGGUCAGUCCAUCCUGCAGCCUCUAAGCACCGAGGAGAAAAAGCUCCGCAGUACUUUGACGAGCAGAGCUCCUCAGGUUAAAGUCCUGGAGGUCAAACCAGAGAUAUUCCCUUCCUACAAGUACAGCUGCACUGUAACUUUGGAUUUGGGAUUGGCAACAUCACGUGGCAGAGGGAAAUGCAAGAACCCCUCCUGUAGUUAUGUGUAUACAAACAGGCAUAAGCCACGAGUUUGCCCAAGCUGUGGAUACAAUCUUGCCAAAGACAGAGCUGAGAAAACAGCAAAAUCUCUGGAGGUGAGUCCAGGCCAGCCUGAUGUGCUGAACACCAGCAAGCCCCUAAGCCCAUCCCAGAAGGAGAUCCAGCGCCAGUCCACCCUGCAGCUGCUGCGCAAGGUAAUGCAGAUCCCCGAGAACGAGUCGGAGCUGGCCGAGGUCUUUACGCUCAUCCACGAACUCAACAGCUCAAGGCUCAUCCUGUCCAACGUGAGUGAGGAGACAGUCACCAUAGAGCAGACCUCCUGGUCAAACUACUAUGAGUCUCCAUCCGCGCAGUGCCUCCUCUGUAGCAGCCCUCUGUUCAAAGGGGGACAGAAUUCCCUUGCUGGUCCUCAGGAGUGCUGGCUGCUGACAGCCAAUAGAUUGCAGGUGGUUACAGCUCAGGUCAAAGUGUGCAUGAACCUGCAGUGUUUGGCCCUCCAUAGCUUCACUGAUAUUUACACAGGCCUUUUCAAUGUGGGGAACAAGUUGCUGGUGAGCUUGGAUCUUCUGUUUGCAAUCCGAAACCACAUUAAACUUGGAGAGGAUCCCAGGCUGGCUGUUUGCAGCAUUCUUGAUUCUGUUCAGGAGCAAACUGAAAAAACCCUGAGCUCUGACGAGCAGGUUCAGCUCCAGGAGCUGCUGUGCAAUGGCUACUGGGCCUUUGAGUGCCUCACAGUCAGGGAUUACAACGACAUGAUCUGUGGAAUCUGUGGCAUAACCCCCAAGGUGGAAAUAGCCCAAAGGAACGUGGAAAAUGUCCUGGCACUGAAAAAUAUAGAGUUUACUUGGCCAGAAUAUUUGCCGUCAAGUGAAGUGAACGUAGAAGACUUCUGGUCCACAAUGGAGACGGAGGUGAUUGAGCAGGUGGCUUUUCCUUCUAGCAUCCCCAUCACAAAGUUUGAUGCCUCCAUUGUUGCUCCUUUCUUCCCUCCACUGAUGAGAGGAGCAAUGGUGAUCAACACUGAGAAAGACAAGAACUUGAAUGCACAGCCAGUGCCAGGUAAUGGGAGUGUCUUGGUGAGGCUCCUUCAGGACGAAGUCUUGAGGCCUGAGCUAAUCAGCUCUUACAGUGAGGAAGAGCUGCAGAGCUUUCUGACACAGUGUGAGAUCCCCUGGGAGGCUUCACAGACAAAGGAACAGCUCUGCUACUCCCUCCUGAGUCUCUAUGAGUUUGUGCAGAACGGUUCAAGCAUCACACAAGCCUCUCCUCAUCACACAGGAGGAAAAAUCUACAAAGUGUGUCCCCAUCAGGUUGUGUGUGGCUCAAAGUACAUAGUGAGGGGAGAAAACGCCCGGGAUCACGUGGACUUGUUGGUUUCCUCCCGUCACUGGCCUCCAGUGUACGUUGUUGAUGCAGCCUCCUCCGUGGCACUGUGUGCAGACAUCUGCUGUCCUGGCCUGACUGCCCAGAUGUGGGGCAAAACCCAGGGCUGCUUCUCUGACCCCAUGGAUCCUCCAACGUACGUGUCCUGCCCUGAGCUGCUGGACCAGCACUACAGCAUGGACGUGAGCGUGGCUGAGCACUCUCUGCAGCACCCCAUCACCAGGUCUCUGGCACGCCGAGUUGUCCACACGGGCUCGGCGCAGGGCAGCCAGCGAGACCCGACAGCUGGGCACCGCUGCCUCUCCCUCUGCCGGGAGCUGGAGCCCUACGGUGCCGUCAUCGCUGCCAUGGGCACCAGCAAAACCAGCAGCAUCCGCCAGAGGCCCAUCACCUUUGAGAACCCCACGCACUAUUACCUCUACAACCGCCUCCUGGACUUCCUCACCAGCAGGGAGAUCGUCAACCGGCAGAUCCAGGAGGUGGUGCAGAGCUGCCAGCCCGGCGAGGUGGUGAUUCGAGAUGCUCUCUACCGGCUCGGCGUGGCCCAGAUUAAAACAGAGACAGAAGAGGGUGAAGAGGGGAAGCAGGAGGACGAUAGAGGUUGCUGAGUAACAGCUCCUUGGUUUCUCUCUGUGGCUGUGUGGUUGGCUAGGCUGGGCCAGCUUCUACAAGGUUCUGGCAGCUGUCUGGCUUGAGAUUUUAUGUACAGGUUGGAGAUGUGGUGCUGGUGGCUUUGACUGCUGUUAAUGACCAAAGAGCUGUGUGCUUCCAUAGUGUCACCAGAGCUGCUGUUGGUAUGGGUCCAUCACCCAUUUGCAGAAGGUAGCAACUGCUUCCUGAGGUGUGUGUGGGGCCCACUGUUUGGUAGUGUGAAACGCUGCACUCCCCACAGCUGGUGAGAGGAGAAGGGAGAGGUGAGAGGCGGUUUUGGUAGCAGGGAGGGCUCCUGGUCAAGCACACCAAGGGUUCCUAUUCUGAAUCUUGCUUGCUGACUUCUCUGUGUGAAUUGGUGGCAGGGCUGGGGGUGUGGAAGCAAGCAUGAAAGGCAGAAAGAUUUCCCCAAAACCAUUGUGAAUAGGUUACUUUAGGGCACUGACUUCUGCUUGGUGAUCCUGCAGAGCUCUCAUAGGCACUGACUGCAAGGAGCCUUUAAUUGAGGAGGAAGAGGAGCAGCAAUGCAGUUUUAACAUGGAGCCUUCCUAGAGGCUGAAUCCUGCACCUAGGAUUGUGUGGGUACUGUGGAUGCAGGUUUCUAGAAUCAUUUCCUUCACAUGAACACUAAUAAUUUAGAAGCUGAAACGCAGAGAACACUCAAAAGUGUUCUGUAUGUUCAGGUAAGAAGGGACCUGGUGAGCCCCAGGGAAACCAGCCUCACUGGAGGGUUGUGCAAGCACUGUGCAAGGUGGUGGCUGUGGAGGGGGGAAGGACACAAAAUUGCUGUGUUGGUCCCUGGAGUAGUUUUUAAAGCUUUGUUCUGUUCAAGGACUUUCUGUUGUCCUGCCCUUGGAACAGAAUCACCAAGGCACUCUGUGGGACUGAGGAUAAAGGAUCCGUGCAGUGUCACCAGAGUGAGCAGGGUUUGGUGUUCCUCCCUCACAGAAGAGAUGCAUCCAUGCAUGCAACCUCAGCACUGUUGGGUACCACAUUUGCUCUGCCCAUGCCCAGGUUGCUUAAUCUCAGCUCCUUGGGAAGGUGUUGUGCUGAGACUUCUGCCCCUGCGUCAUGUCUGAAGAAGACCUUGGGCUGCAGUGCUAAAGUUACCUGUGUUGUCUGCUGCCAGCAAUCUCUUGCUGGUGCUGAAGGUGGUGUUUGAUGGACAUUUGGUGUGACCUGCAGAGAAGAGGUUGAUGCUGGACUGCUGAGUUGCCAUCCAGGGCGUUUGUUUUCGUCUGAGUGAGCAGUGGGAAAGAUUCAGAGGCUUGUGGUGUGGUUUGAAAACUCCCUUCUGUGAAGGGGAACCUAUCGAGUACCAUACUGUUAAAGUAAAUGUAUUGAGUCUGAGCAAAUGCAGUAAUGACAGCUUGGGUUUUUUUUUCUCUUUAAGAACAUUAACUUAUUAUAAAAUAGUGACUUUUUCAGUCAGUGAUAAAAUUUAAUAAAUUAUCUCCAAUUUUGGGGGUGAAACUGUA